ACCUGUGUGUAUAUAAAAGGAGGAACCGUCCGAUGAGACCGGCAGUAGCUAACCGCAUCCCCUCUACACACUGACCAAAGCACCAGUGCAAAGUCUUUGCUCUUAAGGAAUCUCUCAGCUUCGUUCAAAUCCCCCAAACAAAAAUGAAAGUCUUUAUUCUCGGAGUUUUCUGUGGUCUCUUGGUCGCCUGCAACGCCGCUCCCGCAAAAUUGGACGAAGUCAAGCCCAUCGCCAUCGUCCGCUCGGCCAGCGAGAACAACGCCGAUGGCAGUUACUCGUACAGUUUUGAGAGCGAAGAUGGCACCAAGAUGGAGGAAAGUGGCAACCAGAAACAAGUCGGACCUAAGCCCGAAGAUAUCGGCACCGUUUCCCGCGGAUCUUACUCCUUCACCACUCCUGAUGGCGUCGUCUUGACUGUCAACUGGGUUGCCGAUGAAAACGGUUUCCAGGCCACCGGUGCCCAUUUGCCCACACCUCCCCCCAUGCCCGAGCACGUCGUCAAGAUGCUCGCCGACUUGAAGGCUGCCGGCCUCCUGUAAACGAUUCCAAAUUUCCAUCCGAACCGACAACUGGAAUAUUCACCGGAAACAAACAGCCCAUGAUGUAAAUAUCGACCGAUCGGAUGCCAAACAAACACGCACAUCGUCCCACACAAAUAUUUCCCAUUUCGUCUCUCCUUGCGACUUUCUUUCGGCGUUGCCAACGGACUUGUUCAUCGGUCGUUUUGAACAUUAUUUCACCCAUUUUUCUAUAGGCUUUUUUGAUAUCUUAGCUGUACACGCAAAACCCAAACAACAGGAACAACAAAAAAUUCGGUCAUUGUUACUCGUAUCCCCCCAUAUGACUACACAUAACCCCGAUUUAUUUUCCAUUUUCUACAUUUUGUGUCAGAAAGAAAAUACAAACGACAACAUUUUUCUCUAAGAAAAAAACCAACUCAA